AGGUGUUCCGGGCACGUCCCACCGGGAGGAGACCCCGGGGACGACCCAGGAUACGCUGGAGAGACUACGUCCUUCGGCUGGCCUGGGAACGCCUCGGGAUCCCCCCGGAAGAGCUGGAUGAAGUGGCUGGGGAGAGGGAAGUCUGGGCGUCCCUGCUAAAGCUACUGCCCCCGUGACCCAACCUCGGAUAAGAGGUAGAAAAUGGAUGGAUGGAUGGAUGUGUAUUUUCUAAUUAUAACAAAUAUACUGUGUGUCAAUACCAAAACAAUUUAAUGCUUGAGGUUCAGUCCCCUUCUGUCAUCCUUGCACUGGCUCUCUCUUCUUUUGGGGAUUCAGUUGUAAGAGCCCUCAAUGGUCACGCUCCUCUUUACUUGGUGGCUCUGAUGUCAUUUGGAUCUGGUCUGCCGUUCACCUUUUACUCCCUGUCCCUCACGCAAGGUUAAAAACUUAAGGUAAUGGAGCCUUGGGUUGCAACAUUUUGUGACUCUUCAAAGGUGGAAACCUUCCAUGGGAAUUAAAAAGGAAUUGAUGGAGAUAAACGUGAGUAAACCAGGAAUUUACUAAAUAUAAGCAUGGCUCUUUAUAGGAAACUUAAAUCUAGUUUAUAUAUGAGCAUAAUCCUGACUAAAACUAGAUGCAAGUACAGUGCGGUAAUUACAAGUUGUUUUGAGUUAAAUGUGCGGUCAUGUACACGCUCGCUUUGCAAACUCGGGUGUCAGAUCCUCCGGCAGAAAAAAACUCAACUGGUCACCAAAGGUCACCGGACCUUUUCAGCCCGAGCCCCUCAACUGUGGAACACCCUGUCUAAAGCUAUUAUUAUUAUUGCAUUGAUGUCUGCUUAUGACAAAACGAAACGUUUAUUUAUGAAGGAUACUUUCCAGUUCCCAGUUAAUUCCAAUGAGUAGCUUUGGAAAGUUUACAAUUUGGAACAUUUACAAAAUUCCCAAUGAAAAUUUAGCAGACACUUUCCGAAAAUUCUCAUCUUAAAAGCACUUAAAAAUCAUCUGUUAGGCAAGCAUCCCAGUAAGACUGGAUUGUUUUUGUUUAAGUGCUGUAUUGUGUUGUAGUCACCCCUCUGCUCAUUGUGUUCAUUCGUAGUAAACUAUAUAUAUUAUACAGCAUAUCUGGAGAAUGGUGAAGCGCCACAAGAAGCAGUGGGUGGGGCGUAAUGGGUGACGUCACGUCCCCCCCAAAAAAAAAAAAAAAAAGGAAAAUCGCCUCGCUCUUCAAAAAUUCCUCCUGAAUUAGCUCCGAACGGAUUAAAGCCUCGAUGCCGUACGCCAACCACUAUUUACCGGACAUUCAUUACACCCGUCCUGUCCGGAGAAACUCGAAUCGGUGCACGUUGAAGCUACUCAGGCUAGCUUAGUCCAACUAAACUGCUAACAGCUGCUCACGGACGAGAGACGCGUUUGUUCUCAACACGUUGCUCAGCCAGAAAUCCAGCGAGAGUGCAAAGUGUUGUGAUUAUCGUGUGGAAAUGAGUGCAGAAGGCGUGAAAGAAGAAGACCGGGAGGGACUUUGGCGAACAAAAGAGGACCACGAACGACAACGUCGACACAUGGACGCUGCUCGAGUUGUGUUACACAGAGCAGACGUACGUGCAUAUCUUUGUCCUGAGCAGCAGGAUCCAGAGCCACCUCACAUUAAAGGCGAAGACGAUCCCGAGCCACCUCACAUGAAAGGCGAAGACGGACCCGAGCCGCCUCACAUGAAAGGCGAAGACGGACCCGAGCUGCCUCACAUGAAAGGCGAAGACGAACCCGAGCCGCCUCACAUUAAAGGUGAAGACGGACCCGAGCCACCUCACAUUAAAGACGAAGAGGAGACAGAGCCUCGCCACAUAAAAGAGGAAGAGCAGGAGGCUGAAAUCAGCAAGUUUCCAUCAACAAUUCGGAGUGAAGAUGACGAUGAUGAAGGUGACAAAGGCCAUUGUGAAGGAUCGCAAGCAGACAGCCUCCUAGCUCCACUGUCAGAUAGCGACGACAUGACGUCACACUCUUCUGACGAUGAUGAUGAACACUCUAAAGGUGAUUUGCCAUGUCACACCAACAACAAACACGUGAAAUGUUCUCAGUGUGACAAAACGUUUGUCAACAAGUCAGUGUUAAAAACACAUGCAAUAACACACACGGGAGAGAAACCUUUUGCCUGCUCAGUUUGUGGAAAAAGAUUCUCUGUCAAGGGAGGUUUAAGUCGACACACAGAAACACACAUUGGAGAAAAAACUUUUACCUGCUCAAUUUGUGAGAAAAGAUUCCUCCUGAAGGGACAUUUAAUAGCACACACAAGAACACAUACUGGGGAAAACACUUUUGUCUGCUCAGUGUGUGGUCUGAUAUUAACUGAAAAGAAUAGUUUAACAAAUCACAUGACAACACACACUGGGGAAAAACCCUUUGCAUGUCCAGUGUGCGGUCUUAGACUCACUGAAAGGAUUCAUUUAGCAACUCACUUGAGAAUACACACAGUAAAGAAAACGUUUGCCUGUUCAGUUUGCGAUAAGAAAUUCUCUGUAAAAGAUAGUUUAACGAGGCACACAAGAACACACACUGGGGAGAAACGUUAUGCUUGCUUAGUUUGCGGUAAAAGAUUCUCGUUAAAGAGCAGUUUGACAACGCAUACAAGAAUACACACUGGAGAGAAACCUUUUGCCUGUACAGUCUGCAACCUUAGUUUCAGAGAUAAUUCGGCUUUGCUUCGACACUUGAGAACACACACUGGAGAGAAAGCGUUCAGUUGCAGUGCGUGUGACAAACAAUUCUCUUAUAAGUAUCAGAUGAACAAACAUGAGUGCGCUGGUGAGAAGAGCAGCAGUAAAUGAAGCUGGAAAAAAAUUGCAAAGACAUUUAAACUCUUCUUGGUAAACAUUUAUGUGACCCUAAAUAAAACAGUUGCAGUUCAUUUUGCUCAGUUAUGCUCCAGACCCACCCAAUCCCAACAUUUACAUUUAUUAAAACAUCCUUUUUAACCAAAUUAUAAACUGUU